CUUCCUGAACUCCACCUGCCUGAUAAGAUAACUUUACGAGUACAGCGAGAUCAAAUGUUUGUGACAAACUGUCUUUCACAUCUUAAAGUAUGUGGUGAAAAUGAUGAGACUUCGGUUCAGAACCAUUAGUCACCCUUGUCAUGACGUUGCCCUCUUUGGGUACAGCGAGCACCAUCCCCCUCUCUCUGUCUCCUACACUCAGGCUGCUGCGACCUCAGGUUGUAAAUUCCUGGAGGAGAUUAUCUCCUCAUGGCCACAGUAUAGAGCGAGAGUGAGUUUUCAGAGAGAUAACAAAGGAAUUUAUUCCACUCACAGAACUUGAGGUCCGAACAACAUUUAUGUUCUGGAGAAGGUUUAAAAGAUGGGUGAAGAAUCCAGCUAUGAACUGGUCCGUUUGGUACAAUUUUGUGAAACUCAUGGGAGACAAUACGGUCACAUUACCAUAACGCUGUUUAUAUAAUAGCCUCAGUUAUGAAGCUUACAUCUAAUUGUUGUAUAAGAUGAAUGAGUGAGGAUGAUACUGUUUGUGAAAUAGUUUAAUGUGAUUUUGGACUGUUUAAUGAAGGAAACUCCAAUUCCCUUUUGGAGUUUAACUAAAUCAGAGGACCGCCCAUGAGCACAGUUAUGGUCGGGCAUCCUGGGACAGGCCCUUUUCUGCUCUGCCGAGUAAAAUCCCCACCCGGGUUUUCUAUCACCAGACCGAGCUUCCCUCAAUUACGAUAUGGCUGAAGGUUGGAGACCAACUUACCUCGAUAACGAGAGGGCCAAGGUUUGAGAGGAGACCAUAAACCUAAGGUUUGAGUAGAUGGCUGAAUCUUUUAACCAUCCCACGUGGUUAAACUCUUAGACUAUCGAUACCGACAGAAUAAGAACAAGUCUUUGAUAUUAAUUACUACUCUGCAGCUAGGAAUUCGGAAUCAUUGAAUGCGAAGACCGACAACCGCCGAAACAUCUAUUCUAUAACGUCAUGAAUGAAUGCCACUCUGAACUAUCCAUUCUAACCACGACAGAGCGAGAGAGAGGACAGACUCUCCAACAGAAACAAACUUUUCAACAGAGAUCCCGACGACACACUGAGCAUAAAUUUAUAUAGUGAUUGCAAUUAUUCCCGAAUGAGUCAGUGUUCAUGUGCAAAGGAUUAGCAUUUCAAUUGUUAUAAUUAUCAACUUUGUAGUGUCUCAUCUCAGUUGACCCCCACUUCCCCUUUUGUCCACCAAGCCGCGAUACCGGUUCAUCCCACUAGGGAAACUCCGUUAUCAUUUCCUUGUAACUAUCUACUGUUUGUUUAUGCAUUCUGUGAAUUACUUAGUUAGUAAAUAAAUGAUUUAAGACAAUUGAUGUAUGGAUGACUCAUAGUGAAGACUGGGUUCGUGCAGAUAACCAACAAUUUACGACGUUUGGAAUGAGUCUAACAUGAGCUUAUAAAUACACCACAACAUCACUGUCAGUACACAGUGGGCGGGAGAGACAGGAAGAGAGGAAGAUGUCACAGGUGAAGGAAAUAAUGACGCAAAGGAUGGGUAGAGAAGAGAGCGACACACCUUAAAAAAUAAUAGUUGGGGGGGAGAGUCGAAGUUAUAGACAACAAAUACUUUGGCAUUUGGUGUGGUCUCUACAGUGCAAAAGAAUGGUGAUGGAACAGUUCUUUGUGGCUGUGCUAAUGAUGUCUGCACACCGAGCAGUCUCAUAUCCUCUGACUACAGAGAGCUAUUACAUGGAUGGAGGGAGACAAUGCAGACUGUGUCCACCAGGUCAUUAUCAGAAGUCCUGUUCAGAGUGCUCUCCCUGUCGAGAUGGUUCCUACACAACACGAUUGAACGCAGAGUCCAGUUGUCAUUCCUGCUUCAAAGACUGCAAACGUGAUUUGCAUCUGGUGGAGGAUGAGCCGUGUACUAAUGUAUCGAACGCUAGAUGUCGCUGUGAGGCUGGUUUUACCUGCACCGACAAAGACGACCAGACAGGAAACUGUAGAGACUGUGAGAAGAUCCCUCAGCUGCCCACACCUCCCCUGCCACCUAGCGAUGUAGUGGGCAUCAGAAACAACCAGACAGGAACUUCCUCUGAACACAGCAGGACUUCCGCUGGACGCUGUCAACCUCCCAAGUGUGACACUCCACAAUCACCAGUCUCACAAGCAGGCAACGCCACUCAUCACACCACAGCUGACACCAGCAAACACUUGGCAGUCAUUUUGUGUCCUAUGGUGGUCAUUGGAAUCCUAGCCGUUAUCAUUCUGUUAUGUAUCCGUCACCCAGGAGAUGAAGCCUGUUUCAAACAAGCUCUCAAGUUCUGUAACAAGGGAGUAAGAGAAGCGUCGCCUAACAAGACCAAAGAGACACAGCCCAGUAUUAAGCACCAGACAGUGGAUCCACCACCUAUUACAGCAGCAAAUAUGGGCCCAGUCCAUGUCCACAAUGCUGGAACAGUCAUCUUCAGUUUACUCAACCAGUUCACUGGUAUGGGUGGAGGUACGGAAGAGAGAGGGCAGAAAGAGAGGGAUGAGGAAGGAGAAGGACGUCCGGCCCACCCCACACCCUCCCCUAACAUCCAUCUAUCCCAGGAGGAAAGGGAUGGAGAGAUGGACUGUGUAUUCUUCCCUUCACAGGAACAAGGGAAGGACAGUCACGUUUCCAAAGAGGAGGUGCAAUGAGGGGAGGGGGAUUAAGGACAGAGGACGCUCCAAGUGAAAGCUUCCCUUCUAGGAUCAGUUUAGCCAACCCUACAUCCUAAUCAUAAGGAGGAUUAAGACUGACCCUGGAUCAGUGGUAAGGGACAACAUCUACCUGGGGCUCUAUUCAGUCUGUAUCACUAGGGAAACAUAGAGGUCAUUUCUGAUUGAGCCGACAUAUGCAGCGUUUAAUGUGAAAGCAGUCACCGCUGACACAGGAACAUUGCCUUGACAUUCCUUUCAGGCUGUAUAUACAGAUUGAAUAGAGCCCUUUUUUUAUUUAACUAGGCGAACAAGUUCUUAUUUUCAAUGACGACCUAGGAACAGUGGGUUAACUUCCUUGUUCAGGGGCAGAACGACAGAUUUUUACCUUGUCAGCUCAGGGAUUUGAUCUUGCAACCUUUUGGUUACUAGUCCAAUGCUCUAACCACUAGGCCACCUGCCACUCUUACUCUCAGAACACUGGUGAAUCCCAAAACUCUAGAAUGGCCAUUAUUUCCUGUCCUAGACAUCUCACUAUGGUGGUCAUGUACACAUCCACUUGCUCUCGUUUUAUUGAACUGUAUAAAAAGCUUUCAGUCUCAACUGCUGCAAACUGUUUUUUUCUGUGUUCAUGUGGCACCUUGAACUGUUUUUGCACAAAUUAAACGCAAAAUAUUAAAUAUAAUUUUUCAAUGAA